GAACAACUAAGCAGACGAGCUUGACGCAACCACCACCAAAAAAUCACUUUGUACACGUCAUUCAUGAGACCGCGAUGACGGAGUUUGAUUUCAGCAGCCACUCAGCGACAUUGGCCCUUUCUCGCUAUUGCAACGUGUCCACACACUCUGCACCCACCUCGCUUUUCUACGCAAUGUCUCAACCACCGGCAAAUACCGUUGAAACCCAUCAUGAAGAUAUGAUUCAUGAUGCGCAAUUAGACUACUACUCGCGCCGUUUAGCAACGGCUUCGUCGGAUCGCACCAUCAAGAUUUUUGAUAUUGAUGGCGAUUCACAACGUCUCGUAGAAACACUCACAGGACACGAAUCACCGGUGUGGCAAGUAGCAUGGGCACAUCCAAAAUUCGGUUCGAUUUUGGCUUCGUGCGCCUAUGACGGACGAGUUUUCAUUUGGAAGGAACAGAAUGGUGUUUGGACUAAAAUCAAGGAACACAACGUACAUACAGCAUCUGUGAAUUCUGUCUCUUGGGCUCCUCAUGAACUUGGCGCCAUGUUGGCAUGUGCUUCAUCGGACGGCAAAAUUUCCGUUCUUGAGUAUCGAGAUGAUGGUUCAUGGGAGACUUUUGUAAUUGAUGCGCAUGCUAUUGGAUGCAAUGCAGUCACUUGGGCACCCGCAGCUAUUCCUGGAAGUUUGAUCCAAACCAAUGGCGGAGCCCCGAAUGUCAAUAUCGUCAAAAAGCUAGUCUCGGCCGGUUGCGACAAUCUUAUCAAGAUUUGGGGUUGGAGAGAGGAUACCAAGAAGUGGCAAGAAGAAGAAACUUUGGAAGGACACUCGGACUGGGUCCGCGAUGUGGCGUGGGCACCCAAUGUCGGACUGCCUCGAAGUUAUCUUGCCAGCUGCUCACAGGAUAAAACUGUGCUUAUUUGGACACAAGAUAGUCCGUCAUCAAAGUGGAGCAAGAAAAGUCUUGGCGAAAAAUUCCCAGAUGUCGUUUGGCGCGUCAGUUGGUCGCUCUCAGGCAACGUGUUGGCGGUAUCCUGUGGCGACAACAAAGUCACUCUGUGGAAAGAAGACUCCAAAGGAAAUUGGCAAUGUAUCCAACAGCUGGAAGAAAAUGCCUAAUAACUACAGUCGUAGAAUUCCCGUUUUUAGUUCUUCUCCUUUCAGUAAAAAAAAAAAUAAUAAUAACCGGCCGAAACGAACA